UAGAUAUUUGGACACACACCUGCGGACAUUAUCGCCAGUGCUUCACUGCAUCUCUAUAUACAAAGACACCUCUCUCUCAUCUAUUUUCCCUCCAAACUCCUCCAUUCUCUCUCUCUUCUAUUCUCACUCUCUCUCCAAACUCCUUUCCACUAUGACAGAAGGGACAAUGGAACUGGGUGACAUGGGGACAUCCCUGAUGGCAUCAGACUCUAAGAAAGCACCGGUCCAGCCUCCCAACAAGUUUGAGCGCCUGGUCCAGCCGUGUCUGGCUGAGCUGGUGGGGACCAUGUUCUUUGUGUUCAUGGGCUGUGUGUCGGUCAUAGAGAACGUGGAGGCAGCAGGGAGGCUGCAGCCAGCUCUGGUCCAUGGUCUGGCUGUGGCAGUCAUGGUGGCAUGCAUGGCAGAGAUCAGCGGCUCCCAUUUUAACCCACCGUUUACCAUUGCUAUCUACCUGUGUGGAGGCAUGAAGCUGAAUAUGGUGGGGCCCUACCUCAUCAGUCAGCUCAUAGGGGGUGUGCUAGGUGCGUCCAUGUCGAAGCUGAUGACCACAACAGAGAACUACUCCAAGGCCCAGGGGGCAGCGUUUGCCCUGCUGCAAUCACAAGAUCAGCUGUGGGGGGCUCUGUUUGGGGAGAUAGCCAUGACCUGCCUGGUCACCAUGGUGGUGCUGCUGGGGGCUGUCAACGCCAAGAGUAGCAGCCCCAUGGUUCCCUUCAUGGUGGGCUGUACUGUCAUCAUCAACAUCCUGGCUGGUGGAGAUGUGUCUGGAACCUGUCUGAACCCGGCCAGAGCCCUGGGUCCUGCUAUAGUGGCCAACUACUGGACCUACCACUGGGUUUACUGGGUAGGACCCAUCACUGGUGGACUGGUGGCUGCUGCACUGGUUAGACUACUGCUUGGAGACCGGAAGACACGUAUUCUCAUGAAGUAAUACCACAUAUCGAGUUGACAGGUCUGAGAUUACCAUUGUUGUUACAUACAGUACCAGUCAACAGUUUGGACACACCUACUCAUUCAAGGGUUUAAUAAGACAUCUAAACUAUGAAAUAACACAUGGAAUCAUAGUGAAGACAUCUAAACUAUGAAAUAACACAUGG